AUGCCGGCCGCCACCGUUAAUGGGUACACCGACGGUGUGAGCGCAGCGCAAGCAACUAAGGUGUCUUACUUUGUCGACCCAAAGUCAUCUUUGAAUCGCCUCAAUGCCAGUCGUCUCGGCGGUAACGCGCAACCCGAACGGUUGUGUAACGCAUCUUGCCCUUCGCUGCUCCUCCCUGCCGCUGCCUGCCUUGCAACACCCCCUGCUGCUGUUCCGCACUCUCCUCCUCUCCCUCCAUGCAGCAGCACUCCACUCCCUCUUUCCACUUCCCACCUCCCCACCCUCCCCUCCCCCCCUUCCCCUCCCCCUCCUUCCACACCCAUUAUUCUCCCACUCCCCACCUCCCCCCCUUCCAUCCACACACCCACCUUCAUUACCCCCUUCCCUCUGACUGCAACCCCUCUCCUGCAUCCGCCAUCCCCAUCACCCAUCCGCCAUAUCCCAUCCCCCAUCUGCCAUCCCCCCAUCCGUCGUCCCCCAUCCCCCAUCCGCCAUCCUCUAUUUGCCAUCCCCUAUCCUCCCCUAUCCGCCAUCCCUCCCCUAUCCGCCAUCCCUCCCCUAUCCGCCAUCCCUCCCCUAUCUGCCAUCCCUCCCCUAUCUGCCAUUCCUCCCCUAUCUGCCAUCCCUCCCCUAUCUGCCAUCCCCCACCUGCCAUUCCCAUCCGCUUUCCCUUAUCCCCCAUCCCAACCCCCCCCAUUCUCUUGCAAUGACAUGCGGCCGUGCCAGACGCCGGCCCUCAUGCAACGAGCUGCAGUGCAGCAAGGUGCAGGUGGAGGGCAGGCAAAGGUCGCCCUUCCCCAGUCUCCCCCUCGUUCCCCCCGCACACCUCCAAAUCCCACCACUUUCUCCCCGCCCCGCCCCGCCCCCAACCCGCGCCGGCCUUCAUGCAACGAGCUGCAGUGCAGCAAGGUGCAGGUGGUGCCAUGGAGGGGAGGGGAGGGGCGCACGGCAAUGGAAAAGGCCGAACGGGACAGGAGGGCUGAAGGGGGUGAUGGAGGGGAGCGGGGUUUGGAAAGCAGCGGGUGGGUGGCAGGUGAAGGGCGCGAGGAUGAAGAGGUGGAAGGUGGAGCGCGUGAGGAUGAGGAGAUGGCAGGCGCUAUGAGUGCUCUUGGCUUGCCAGUGCAGUUCAGCGGAGGGGCGCGGACUGUGCAGUCAGCACAGGAAGUUAAGCAGGGCGGCGGCAGCGGCGGUGAUGGUGGCGGCGGUGGUGGUGGUGGUGGUGGUGGUGGUGGUUCUGGUGGGGCUCGUGGAGGGAAGAAGAAGAGGCAGGGGAGGAGGAGGGGAGAUGGGCAGGCAACAGCAGAGUGCGCUCCAGAUGCAGGGGUAGAGCGCGGUGCGGAGGGCGUGGCAGGGGUGGGUGCAGCGAUAGCAGUGGAGGGUGGUGCAGAUGCAACAAGGCAGGCUGCUGCUGAUGAAAGGGAUCUCACAGGGUCAGCGGCGGAGAGUGCUGCAGGAAUGGCAGUGGUCGGGAGCGGUGCAGAGGCAGUGGUGGGUGGCACGGGGACAGCAGCACGGGGUACUGCAGAGGCAGAAGUAAUGGCUGUCAGUGAAAUAGUGGCAGAGAGUGGUGCUGAGCAGAUGGGGGGAGAGCAGAUGGGGGGAGAGCAGAUGGGGGGAGAGCAGAUGAGGGGAGAGCAGAUGAGGGGAGAGCAGAUGAGGGGAGAGCAGAUGAGGGGAGAGCAGAUGAGGGGAGAGCAGAUGAGGGGAGAGCAGGUGGGGGGAGAGCAGGUGGGGGGAGAGCAGGUGGGGGGAGAGCAGGUGGGGGGAGAGCAGGUGGGGGGAGAGCAGGUGGGGGGAGAGCAGGUGGGGGGAGAGCAGGUGGGAGAGCAAUCACUGGAAGGACUGACAGCGGGAUGGCAGGCAAUGGAAGGGCAAGCAGAAGGGGUAUCGUAUGUGGUGGCGGAGGAGGGAGCAUGGCAGGCGGUGUGGGAGCCGCUGUCCCACGGCGUGUACUUCUGCAAUGCUGCUGCCGCCCUCACCCAGUGGCACCCGCCAGACCACGGCGAGGGGUGUGGGCUCGCAUGCUGGGUGGGAUGGACGCCUGAACAGGCUGUAGGAGUGCAGGCUGUAUCUGCAGAGGGAUAUUCCGCACAGGCAGAAGCGGAGAAGGUCUUACUUGAGCCGGCUGUAGCAGAGGGGGCUGUAGCAGAGGAGGCUGUAGCAGAGGGGGCUGUAGCAGAGGGGGCUGUAGCAGAGCAGGCUGUAGCAGCGGGGUAUGAGAAGUACUGGCAGCAGCGGUACGGGCUGUUCUCACGGUUCGACGAGGGCGUCCUAUUGGAUGCUGACGCGUGGCCCCUUGUCACCCCUGAGGCUAUUGCCGCCCACCAUGCUGCCAUGUGCGCUGCUGCAGUGGAUUGUGAUGAUGCCACGUGUGCAGGGGGUUAUGCUGCCACGUCAGCAGGAGGUGGUGGUGCUGGCACGUUGGCAGGAGAUAGAGGCACCACUUGUGCCGAAGAUGGUGCUGCCACGCAUGCUGGUGCCACGUGUGCUGGCCACUCUGCACCUCUAAGUUCAGAGGAAGUGGUUCUAGAGAAGAGGGGGGUCCAAGUAAAAGCGGGGGAGGUAGAGGGGAAGGAAGGAGGGGAGGGAAAGGUGAACAGGGAACGUGAGGCGAUGGGCAGACAGGGAGGAGAAGAGGAACCAAAAAGUGGUUUUCUGGACGAAGGGAGGUGUGGGAAUGGAACACACGAAGAGAUUUGUGAGCGUGCUGCAGGCAUGAUGAGGGUUCCAGCAGGUGUGGCGGGUGCAGCAGGUGUGGCGGGUGCAGCAGGUGUGGUGGUGGAUGCCUUUUGUGGGGUGGGCGGCAACACCAUCCACCUCGCCAAGCUCUGCUCCCACGUGCUGGCCGUUGACAUGAGUCUUCCGCGCCUGGCCAUGCUGCAACACAACGUCGCCCUAUACGGCGACCACCUGCCCCACCGGGUGGAUACGCUCUGUGCCGACUUCCUUUCCAUUGCGCCGUGGCUUAAGGCUGAUGUGGUCUUCCUGUCCCCCCCAUGGGGCGGCCCGGAGUAUCUGGACCAAUCAGAGUACAACAUAUGGACCAUGCUGCAGCCAGUCAGCGCCUCUGCACUGCUGCAGCUAUCACUGAGCAUCGCCCCCUCAGUGGCCAUGUACCUGCCUCGCAACACUCCCAUGCACCACCUGGAGCAACUCGCUCGCUCCGUCACGCCUUCAGGUCCCUGUCUGGUGCGUCACUUGUGA